AUGUCGUAUAUUGAAAAAUAUACAUCUCUAAAAGACGUUUUAAUAAAAAAUAAUAAUGAGGAUGUUUCUUUAAUGUACUUGGAAGCCUCUCACUAUCAAUUUGGUGAUGAAGAUUAUAUUUUAGAUUUAGAAAAAUCAUAUGAAAUAAUUACUAGAAUACAAGCAAAGGGCGAUAAAAUAUAUGAAGAACUUUUGUCAUAUAUAAUGAGGAGUUACUGUGAAAAGUUAGAAUCGUUUAGCUAUAUACUUCGUGAUGAGGCUAAGGAGAUU